CUUGCUACAUUAUUAAGGCCCACAAAAAAUAUUAUGCAUAUAUUUUUGCUUUUCUGGUGUUUAAAAAAAGCAUAAUUUUGUUAAUGCAUAUAUAUGAUUUUAUUUGUGUUUCAGGCCUUAAUUUAAGUUCACUGUUUAUUUAAGCUGGUGGUGUUUGAGUUUGUUUGCCUUAUCUAAAACAUCCUUUAUGUGGUUAAUUUUGAGGACUUUUAGGUUGAAACCCUAUUGUAGGGGAAGAGACUUUUAUUUUAAAGGAUUACACCUGGGAGGAAGGAAGGCCUAAAAUAAAGUAGGAAAUGGUUAGAGAUGGAGCAUGCUGUUCAAACCUACAAUGUGAUUCUGGAGGAUUUCCUUAGUUUUUGAAAUCCCUUUUCUAGAAUAUUUGUGUCUCCUUGUUGAACUAAAAGUGGAUUUAAUUGCUGCUGAGUUUCAAGAGACAAUUGGAUUUUUUGGGGGGUUUUUCCUUCAACAUUUUAAUGGACGAUCUUGGGAUUUAUCAAUUUUUUCCUGGAUUACUCACGUUUCUAAAAGGUCUGAGGGAGGACCUAACUAAGGACUAACAAAAGACAAUGAGCUAAGUGUUGGAAAUUUUGUAUUUGUAUUUUCUAUUCUAAUAUAUGCAUAUGAAUUUAAUCCUGUGGUGUGUGAUUUAGCUGGGUCUAUUUUGAUCAUCCUCACCAGAUCUUUCCUAUUUAGUAACACACAGUAUUUGAGUGCCUGAACUUUAUUGUAACUAAGAGGUUAAAUGAUUUAUUCAAACAGACUUGUUACAGAUGGUGGCCCGUACGGGGACUCAUGUGUUUUUGAACUGUGUUACUGGUUACUGAGUGGAUUGUGAUUGAAUUAUAUUUUGUGUGUUAAGUAUUUUUGUUCUUACAAUGCAGAAUUCCAAUUCAAACCCAGAGACAGAGUCCAUUCAUGUAGAUAGUGUGGGGGCUGCAGAGUCUCUUCCUUCUCUUCCUUUCCAGCCUGUUUCACCUAGAGAUACCUACAGGGAUGUUGUUGAAAUCAGUUCUCUAUUAAGUGAGCUGUACAUUAACAGUCAGGCUGAAGAGAGUGAUGAGGAAGGCCAGCCACCUUUGAAUCCUAUAGGAAAUGAUAUUGAGAGAAUGGAUUCUGAAAUAAACACCCUCACCCAAUCUGUUCAAGAAUUACACACAGAAAUUUCCACAUUAAAAGAUGAUUUUCGAGCUCACAAUCAAAGUGCACUUAAUAGAGAAACUGCCUUCAGAGAAACUCUGGAUCAGCGGUUUGAGGAUAUUGAAGAAUUAAUGCAAAGGUCUCUGAAUAAGCUAGAACAUGCUGUUGUAGAGUGUCUUCAGAGAAGGGAUGAACAAUGGAAAAAGGAAGUUGCCCAAAUAAGAAAAACUAGCACCCCUGUGGCACGUCUUUCCUUUGGAGCUUCUGCUUCAGACACUGGGCAGUCAGCACAGCCACCUACUUCCUAUCCCAAACCUCCAAUUAAUCUUGAGUUUCCACACUUUGGUGAAGCCAGAGAAACCAGUGAUGUGGUAGAGUUUGUGGAGCGUUGUGAGAAUUUUUUAACACUCAGACAUAUAUCAGACAUUGAACUUAUAGCUACGCUGAAUUCUGUUCUUUCUGGUCCAGCCAGGAGCUGGUGGCUUGCCGAAAGAAGCAAGAUCCACAACUGGAUGGAUUUUAAAAAUGCAUUUUUGGGAGCAUUCUUACCCACUGACUAUCUUACAGAGGUAGAAGAACAACUCAAAGCUAUGAUCCAGGAGCCUAAUCAAUGUAUUAGAGAUUUUGCCUAUGACUAUAGGGCAUUGUGUCUGAAGUGGAAAAAUGAUCUCCCUGAGGAGGAAAUGGUAAGAAGGAUUCUGAAUAACUGCAACCCUUCUUUGGCUGGAAGCCUACGUGGUGCUGUGCAUACAGUAGAACAGUUAGUUAAGGUUGGAUCAAUGGUAGAAAGAGACCUUAAUUCUAAGAGAGAUUAUUGGGCCAAAGUAAAUCAAAUUAAGGCCAGUGAAAAAGGAAAGAAGAAUCCAACAGUACGACAUGUUAAUGUUCCUAAACCCGCUACUGGGCAAUCCCAACAUCUUGCUUUAGUCCACUCUACAACCCCUCCAUUGCUUCGAGUUGCUAUUAGUAUCCAAGGACGACAAGUUGAAGCUAUAUUAGAUACUGGUUCCACUUACUUUAAUGCAGAGGAAGUUGUGGGAAGCACUGGCUAAACCAGGUGAACAAAUACAAAAACACUCCAACAGAACAUUUAUGCUAGCUGAUGGAAAGGCACAAAAAUCAGAAGGUAGAGUUCCUAUUACUUAUGAGUGGCAUGGACUAGUGUGGACUGUUGAUACCUAUGUGAUGGCAGAUGAACAGCUGGCUUUUCCACUUAUUUUAGGCCUGGAUUUUCUUAGUCAAACUGGUGUACGAGUACAUGUGGCCGAAUAUAACUAUGAACUAUGCAUUAAUGGAAGAGCUAGAGUAUUUCCUUUUCUUAGCCAGCCUCUAGGGAAAAAGUUAUGGAGCCAGCAAGAAGAACAUGUAGUCACCUUGUACAUGGCUUUACCCCUGGACUCUGAAGUGCCUGAGCAAUUGAUUACCACGGUGCCAACUUUAAUUGAUGAUCUGAUACUAAGGUAUCCCCCUGAGGUGCAACAACUUCUGUAUGCUUGGCCUUCUGUGUGUUCAGACAAGCUGGGGAAGACAAACCUUACCACCCACAAGAUCAUGACAACCGAUGAUAUACCGAUAAGGUGCAAGGCCUAUCGAGUCUCUCCUCUAAAGAAGGAUGUUAUUAGGGAGGAGGUUCACAGGAUGCUUCAGGAAGGCAUAAUUGAGCCCUCACAGUCUUCUUGGGCCUUCCCAGUGGUCCUUGUGCCAAAACCUGAUCAAAGCCUACGUUUCUGUGUUGACUAUAGAAAGUUAAAUGCAAAAACACCCCAGGAUGCUUACCCUAUGCCCAUUAUUCAUGAUAUAUUGGAAUCUAUGCACGGGGCAAAAUAUUUUAGCACAUUGGAUUUAAAAUCUGGGUACUGGCAGGUACAAAUGGACCAGGAUAGUCGCGAGAAGACUGCUUUCAUCACUCCGUUUGGCAUAUAUCAUUUUUUGACCAUGCCAUUUGGUCUAAAAAAUGCAGGGGCUACAUUUCAACGUCUUAUGGAAAGAGUCCUUGGUGAGUUAAGGGGGACAAUCUGCUUUGUGUAUAUAGAUGAUAUUAUUGUAUACUCACCUUCCCAGCAGAAGCACCUUCAAGAUCUGGAAGCUGUUUUUUCAAGACUCCACCAAGCCAACUUGACCCUGAAUUUGAAGAAAUGCCAUUUUCUUAAGAAUGAAUUGAGGUUCCUGGGCCAUGUUGUUUCUGGAAAAGGGGUGGAAGCAGACCCAGAAAAGACAAGCGCUAUCACCAACUACCCUGUUCCUCAUGACAUUCAUUCAUUACAGAGGUUUGUAGGCAUGAUAGGCUGGUACCACAAGUUUAUCCCACAUUUUGCAGAGCUUGCUGCCCCUUUGUAUCAGUUACAGCGAAAAGGUGUCACAUGGGAAUGGACGGAAAAAUGUCAAGAAAGUAUGGAGAGGCUGAAGGAAGCCCUACAGAAAGCCCCUGUGCUGGCCCAACCAGAUCUGAGCCAUCCUUUUCAAGUACAAACUGACGCCAGUUCUACAGGACUUGGAGCUGUACUUUCACAAAAUAUUGAUA